AUGAUGAGCAACAUGAUGCAGUGGUGGGCUCCAGUUACUGUCCUCUACCUGUCUGUCUACCUGGCAGCCCCUCAGUACUGCAGGAAAGCUCUGUAUCCCUCAGCCCAUAGGAUAAAGCGUGGGACACACUCCCUGAUCAACCCCACAUUCCAGCGCUCAGUGGACGAUGUGAUCCUGCUUUUUGAGAUCCUGCUGGCAGGACUGCAGAUAGAGGGUGAGGAACAAGCCAUGCAGCUCCCAGAUGACGAGCUGGCCUCCCUGAGGAGUGUGGAGAAGCUGGAGGUCAUCUGCGAGGACGUCCUACCCAAGAGGCUGUCUGACAUCCGGCGUCUGACGGCCGAGCUCGCCCACCGCAAACAGUCCCUCAGCAGGCAGGACUUUGAGAGGACAGUGCUGACCAUGGUCUAUGCCGCGCAGACACUGGCUCAUACCAGCCACCAGCUGCAGAGAGACGUGUGGGCGGACGCCCUGCUCCAACUUUUCAGAGCCAUCCAAAAGGACCUGGCGCCCCCUUGAGG